CGAGGCUGCCACGCGUCCUGCCCCUUUGGGGGCCGUCGCCUGCUUAAAGAGCGAACGCUGCGGGGCGGUGGUCGAGUUCCCGAACGCGGACGAUGGAGAGCGCGCUGGCCGUGCCUCGCCUGCCCCCUCACGACCCGGGGACGCCGGCGCUGUCGGUGGUGGACAUGCACACGGGCGGCGAGCCCCUGCGCAUCGUGCUGGCCGGCUGUCCGGAGGUGGUCGGCCCCACGCUGCUGGCCAAGCGGCGCUACUUGCGCCAGCACCUUGACCACGUGCGGCGGCGGCUCGUGUGGGAGCCGCGGGGCCACCGGGACAUGUACGGGGCCGUCCUGGUGCCGAGCGAGCUGCCCGACGCGCACCUGGGCGUCCUGUUCCUGCACAACGAGGGCUACAGCUCCAUGUGCGGCCACGCCGUGCUGGCUCUGGGCCGCUUCGCGCUGGACUUCGGGCUGGUGCCCGCGCCGCCGCUCGGCGCCCGCGAGGCCCGCGUCAACAUCCACUGCCCGUGCGGACUGGUGGCGGCCUUCGUGGCCUGCGAGGGCGGCCGCAGCCGCGGCCCUGUGCGCUUCCACAGCGUCCCAGCCUUCGUGCUGGCUGCAGAUCUCAUGGUGGACGUUCCUGGACAUGGAAAGGUGGUGGUGGAUAUUGCGUAUGGUGGUGCAUUUUAUGCGUUGGUCAGUGCUGAAAAGUUAGGACUUGACGUGUGUUCUGCAAAGACAAGGGUGCUUGUGGACGCAGCAAGUGCAGUGACCCAAGCAGUGAAAGCUCAGUUUAAAAUUCAUCACCCUGAUAGCGAAGACCUUGCCUUCCUGUAUGGAACUAUAUUAACAGAUGGAAAAGAUGCUUACACCGAGGACCCAACCACCAACAUCUGUGUGUUUGCAGAUGAACAGGUUGACAGAAGCCCUACUGGCUCUGGAGUGACAGCCCGGAUUGCUCUGCAGUAUCAUAAAGGACUUCUGGGACUGAACCAAACCAGAGCCUUCAAAAGCAGUGCGACUGGCUCCGUGUUCACAGGGAGUGCUGUGCAGGAAGCCACAUGUGGAGACUUUAAAGCCGUUAUAGUGGAAGUAUCUGGACAAGCCCACUACACGGGGACUGCAAGCCUUAUAAUAGAAGAAGAUGACCCACUGAGGGAUGGCUUUCUCCUCAAGUGACUUCUUCCAUGACACUUCAGGGCUUUCUUUUAAAAGUAAUUGUUGUAGCACGUUCUCUAAAUUACAAGGAUUCUUCACGAGGUUUGUGGAAAAUGGAAUUAAAAUACAAGUUCUGAAAUCCAGCAAGAGGGGUCUUCAAAAAGUUCACGAAAAUGCAUAUUGUGAAAAAGCUAUGCCUUGUUUUGAAAAUUUUUGUAUCAAAUAAACAUCUUUUUUCCAUCUUCCACAAACUUAUUAAAGAACCCUUAUAUGUGAAACCAAUGUCCAAAGGACAUACCUGUUAACUUCCACUUUUUCUAAAAUAGUACACCUUGCCUAAAUAUAGUCGUUAUCUUCCUGUUUGCAAACAUAUAGCAGCAUAAACAUUACUUAUAUCUAGCAUACAAAAUGCCAACAAUUCAGAAUGCUUUCCUAAUUAAUAUAUCAGAUAAAACCUGUUACUUUUAAAUAUUA